UUCUCACGGUUCUGUUCUCUGCAGGCCUUGAGCUGCUCAGAGCAGGAGCUGGAGCAGCCAUGACCCGCUGGAUGACCCUCCAGGCCUCUAGGCCACACAAACCCACCCCCUGGGAUGUGGCAGCCUCUCGCCGGCGCCUGAGUGCACCGACCCUGGCCGCCUGCCCCUGGAGGGCCCCAGAAUCUGGGGCUGAACCAUGCUCCCAGCGCAGUCCCCAGGUUCCCCAGCCCUGCCAGCUCUCUGCCUCCUGGCCCAGGCAGAAGCAGCAGCCACCAUUACGGCAUCGGGGCUCAGCUCCUCAGACGCAUGGAGCCUCCCUGCCUGGAGCCAGCCUGGGGCCAGGUCAGGGCCCCCCGGCCCCCGGGAUGACCGCGGCCAGUCGGGCCAACCCCUACAGCAUCGUGUCAUCGGAGGAGGACGGGCUGCGCUUGGUCACCAUGGCGGGUGCCAACGGCUUUGGCAAUGGCAAGGUGCACACUCGGCGCCGGUGCCGGAACCGCUUCGUCAAGAAGAACGGUCAGUGCAACAUCGAGUUCGCGAACAUGGACGAGAAGUCGCAGCGCUACCUGGCCGACAUGUUCACCACCUGUGUGGACAUCCGCUGGCGCUACAUGCUGCUCAUCUUUUCGCUGGCCUUCCUUGCCUCCUGGCUGCUGUUCGGCGUCAUCUUCUGGGUCAUUGCUGUGGCCCAUGGUGACCUGGAGCCAGCCGAGAGUCGUGGCCGCACCCCCUGUGUGAUGCAGGUCCAUGGCUUCAUGGCGGCCUUCCUCUUCUCCAUUGAGACGCAGACCACCAUUGGCUACGGGCUGCGCUGCGUGACCGAGGAGUGCCCAGUGGCCGUCUUCAUGGUGGUGGCUCAGUCCAUCGUGGGCUGCAUCAUUGACUCCUUCAUGAUCGGUGCCAUCAUGGCCAAGAUGGCACGGCCCAAGAAGCGGGCGCAGACGCUGCUGUUCAGCCACAAUGCUGUGGUGGCGCUGCGCGACGGCAAGCUCUGCCUCAUGUGGCGUGUGGGUAACCUGCGCAAGAGCCACAUCGUGGAGGCCCACGUCCGGGCCCAGCUCAUCAAGCCCCGGGUCACGGAGGAGGGCGAGUACAUCCCGCUGGACCAGAUAGACAUUGACGUGGGCUUCGACAAGGGCCUGGACCGCAUCUUCCUGGUGUCGCCCAUCACCAUCCUGCACGAGAUCGACGAGGCCAGCCCACUGUUCGGCAUCAGUCGGCAGGACUUGGAGACGGACGACUUUGAGAUCGUGGUCAUCCUGGAGGGCAUGGUGGAGGCCACGGCCAUGACCACCCAGGCCCGCAGCUCCUACCUGGCUAAUGAGAUCCUAUGGGGUCACCGUUUCGAGCCAGUGCUCUUUGAAGAGAAGAAUCAGUACAAGAUUGAUUACUCACACUUCCACAAGACCUAUGAGGUGCCCUCCACGCCCCGCUGCAGUGCCAAGGACCUGGUGGAGAACAAGUUCCUCCUGCCCAGCGCCAAUUCCUUCUGCUAUGAGAACGAGCUGGCCUUCCUGAGCCGUGAUGAGGAGGACGAGGUGGAAGGGGACCAGGAUGGCUGCAGUCGGGAUGGCCUCAGUCCCCAGCCCCGGCACGACUUUGACAGGCUGCAGGCUGGUGGCGGUGCCCUUGAGCAGCGGCCCUACAGACGCGAGUCAGAGAUCUGAGCGCUGGUGGCCGAGUGCAGGGUUCACCCCGCCAGGGAGUGGCCCCGUGUCCUGUGGUGGCACUGGGUUUGAGCAGAGUGGGCCAGGUGCCCUGGGUUGCAGACUCAGUAGCGUUUUAGUCGUUUUAUGUUUCUUCGCAGUAGGCUUGGAAAGUUGGUGGGAGAGCAGGUGGCCAGAGUGGGCAGGCCACGGUCUCAGAAGCUGAGAUGACGCAGGAUCAGGGAAGGGGCUUCCUGGGGAUCCAGCCAUAGGAGCCAGGGCCUUCUGCCUGGAGAAGGAGCUGCGGCCUGCACAGAGUCACCCUGCAGGGGCCCACCUCUGUGGCCAUGGCUGGCAGGCUGCAGGCACCUCGAUGAUUUUUAACUUAGGGAGAAACACCAGAUUUCAGCUUUCUCAACCUUAGCUUGGGUAAGACUGUUUACAAAAAAAUAAUAACAUGCAAUUGAAAAAACUAUUUUUAAUUCAUGGGCUUGUGGGGAAGGACACCAAGAAUACCAUUGGUCUGCCGCAGCACAAGCGGCUAGAUGGAUGGGUGUUCCAGAAGGUUCCCUGAGGCUGGACUGACCUCUCCCCCAUGUGUGCUAGGGCCCUUAAGUUCAUCACACUUAGGGGUAAAUUAGGUUCUGUUUGUGACAGAAGAACCAAGACCAUGUUAAUGAUCAUAAUAAAAGCUUUCAGAUGCUAUUGGGAUGGGGUUGGGGAAGAAGCUGAUUUGCUCUUUUUGAGUUUGAUGUUGUACCUCAGAGGUGGUCUCAGGGCUGGGUGGGACCUGCCCUUAAGGGUCUUCCUGCCUCUGUGCCCAUGUUUUGCCUCUCUCUCCACUUCUGCCAGGGUCUGCACCCCUUUGGAUGAGGGGCAGCUGGGAAACUUGGGAUGCUCCUCGGGAAAGGGGAAGGGAGGCCGGGUUCCCUCACCCGUAGAAGCGGAUCAGCCUUCCUACUGGGCCGCAGGGGGAGUUGUGCCUUAAGAGACUUCAGGUUGUCCGACUUGAGUUGUUUCUGUCUUUAUUGGACUUGCCUGUCCCCCUUCCCUACCCUCCCCAUCUGCCCUGGGAAGGUGGCAGAGAUGGCGCUCCUGGCACGUGGCCCACACCUGCCUGCCCCCUCCCCAACAUACCUCAGGCAAUACAGGCUAGCCCAGGGGGUGGGGUGGGGUGGGGGUGGUUCCCAGCCAUUUUGGGGUCUGCUGCCAAAGGCAGAGGAAAGAAUUCAGGGAAGUAGAGGAAUUGUCACUCCCCCGCCCCAUUACCUGGGGUCACAUUUAUUCAAGGAUGAAUUGAAAAAGUGGCCAUGGAACAAAGAAUUCCUGCUCAGGCUUCAGGGCCCUGGGAUGGGGCUCCUUCCUCUUUCCUCUGUGUUUUCCCUGAGGACAGAGGCCACAGAGAGUUCAGGUAGUGGCAAUCACUUCCUUGCAAGGUGCAGUGUUAGGGCCCAGAGAUGCCUCAGGAACCCCAUUGCCCUGGGACAGGCCUCACUCACUCGGGGUACCCUGACUGAGAAAAGGUGCGAGGCCCCUUGUUGUGACUGGGUUGGCUCUGCCUUGAUCUUCCAGCUUGUGGGGCCAGGCCGAGGAGCCCAGCCUUUCCUGGGGCUGCUGAAGAUACCUGUCUUCCCUGGCCAGUACCUCAGGAAGGCAGUAAUGGGGAAGCCUGUAUCUCCUGUCCACUUUCCCAAGCUGCUUCCACCCAUGCCCCCAAGCUCAGGACAAAGAGGCGCCAGAGACUAUAUGGCCCCAGUGGGGAAACUGAGGCUGAGAGUGGGAAGGGGAGUGUAAAAGGUCACACAGUGAGUGGGCAGGGAGUUAGGGAGAGUCUGGGGCCUGGGGUGGGGCUCCUGCCUCUUAGAUCUUCUCUGAGGAUCAGGGUCCAUGGGUAGUUUAGACACAGGCUAUCAUUUCUCUGAAAGGUAUCUGGGAUGGGUUCCAGAGACAGCUCAGCCUCUCAUCCUGAGCUAGGCCAGACUUCAGGCACCCCGCCCUACCAUCAGACCCUGCCUGAAUUUUUGGCCCAGAAGAUUUAUCCCUAGGCAGCUCUUUCCUCUCAGGAUCUUCCAGAGGGACCUCAGCUCCUCUGGGCUCCUGGGUCUGGCCCUGGCUCUAACAUCUGACUGGCUUUCCCAGCCUUAGCCUUGGUGUUCUGGGGAUGCUAUUGGCAUGGCAGUGCUUAGUCCUCACCCAUCCAGCCCAGACUGCCAGGUGAGGGACAGAGGUGGCCCCAGUCUCUGGGUACUGGGUGGUGGCCUAUGCCCUGCUCUGCCCUUCCAGGCUUACAGGGCAAGCCUUCUACUUUCUGCAUCUUGAGCAGACCCAGGGCCCCAGGUCCCUGCCACUUCAGUGGCCUGGUGCGUUUGCCUCUCAGUUCUGUCCUCCCGUGCCCACAUCCACCAGAAUGACCUAGCCCCAGAGCUUGAGGGAGGGCAGCCUGGGCUGCCUUUCAUCUCUCGCCAAAGGCUGGCACAUACUGCGUUUUCAAAUUCUUCUGUCCUCUUUUUCCCCCCACCGUAUUUAUUUAUUUAUUUAUUUAUUGCUUGUGCUAAAGACCAAAAUAGCUCCCCUUUUAGUGCACUUGAUGUGUGAGGACAGCUAUGAGGAGCCUCGAGGGCAUGCAGGAGUGAGGGAGACUUGGUCCCUGGGGCGAGUGUGGAGAGGGGAGGGGUGUGCACACACGUGUGCAUAUGUGUGUGUGUGCAGGUGUGCACACAUGACUCCCCACAUAGGUGACACUGAAUUGAUAAUGUGGAUACUUGAUAUGUCCAGAUGUGUGUCUACCCACUGGUGUGUGUGUGUGUGCAUGUGUGUGUGCACGUGCGUGUGUGCUCAUUUUCUCCUGGGGGCUUGAUUUAACACUCACCAGGCCAGGGUUGGGUGCACACUGGUCAGAUUGGGCGCUGACUUCAGACUUUGGCACUGCCUAACCUGAGAGCUCCCAGUCCUCUGCCCUGAUCAGUCAGUGCCAGUGUGAGGCAUGGAAGGUGAGCAUCUACACCUGGAUCAUGUGCUGGAGGCCAUGGCGUGUCCUUCUGUGUGGACACAUGUGUAUGUGAGUAUGUGGAUGUGUGUGGUCUUGGGGUGUGUGUGCAUGUGUCAGUGGGGCGGUGUGUCUGUGCUGCUCAGAGCACGGCAGCUGCCUCCCAACCUCUGCUGGUGCUGUGCCGCCCAGUCCCUGCCCACCCAAGGGGCCUGGGGUGGGGCGGAAGGAGCCACCUUUGGGAGGCCCCUGUGUGGGGUGUCUGCCCUGUGUGAGGUCAUAGAAUGUCAAAUCUAUUUUAAAUGGUGAAACUGGAGAAUUUUCAUGUUAUUUUCAAAACAUAGCGGUAUCUAAAGACGUAGACAAUGACACUAGAUCACAUUAAAUGCAUUUUGAUCUCUUUGAGUGCCA